GCGUAAUCGCCCUCGGUGACGCCGGUGACGUUCAGCUUUAUCAUCUGCCCUCAGGCUCACUAUAUAAUCUCGCUCGUCCACUCCCACCUUUCAUCUUCCCAUCAACCACUCACACUUUCUCUUACCCUCCCUCAUGGACGACUCGAUCAAACGCAACCCUAAACGGCAUGCCAAUACCGUCCUGGACGUCGAUUUCACCUCAGAUGACGAUCCAGCUUUCUCCAGCAGACCCACGAACCGCAAGCGGCGUCAUGUCGCUGAUACAUUCACCGUCGUCAACAUCGCCUCCGACGACGCUCCAACUCCAGCGGGUCUCGCCCGGGACUCCAGCAGUUCAACGGCUUCAGUACUCAAGGAGCAGCCAAGUUUGAUCGACCUCCCUCAGGACGUUGAAAUGGCUCUGUACCAAGACUAUCCAGCUCUUCCGGCUCUUCCGGUCCCUGUGCCUGAACGACACCUCGCUGCUCGACCUCCGGCAUCAUCGCUUCCACAACGCUCACCUCCUCGCCGCAAUCUCGCGGGUCCGCCCGUCGGUCCCCCCUCUCGUGCUUCGUGUCGUCAUCAUUGCAAAAAGACAAUCCUCAGAGGAAUCUGCACAGUCAGGGCUCACGGGAAAUGCAAUGACAAACCGACUACGCUUGUGAGGUGCACCCGUUGUGGAGAUCAACGCUGCCAGAAGUGCAAUCGUCUGACGACAGACCACUCUGGCUCAAGGAAGCAUGGCAAACGACCGGGACAGCCAGGCUACGAGGGUCCCUUGCCGGAGAGGAUGCAGUUGAUAGAUGGAUAGUUCACACUGAUGAAGACUCUGACAUGAUAUUGGAAGACUCCAUACCAUCAUGAUAUCUGUAGCUAGAAAGUUUUCAAU